AUGAUGGCGGGAAACUUUGAGGAUAUCCACAUCGCUGCCGAUCCAUACCCGCAUCACCCCGAAUCAGGAGCCUAUGAGCCUGAAGACUGGCACUCCGAGACUACCUCGAUCGCCUCCAAUCUAUACAAAGGUAGCCCUGCCGACGAGAAACAGUUUGAGACGUAUGAAAUGGGACAUUUCGCCGCCUUGCUCAUGAAUUCCGCCCGACCGAACCCUUUGUUCUGCGCUCCUGUUACGGACCCGAAGCGGGUGCUUGACGUCGGAACGGGGCAAGGUGCAUGGGCCAUUGACGUUGCUGACAUGUUUCCUGACGCUGUUGUUCGGGGUGUCGACCUCUUCCCACCACCAGGGAGUUGGAUCCCACCAAACUGUAUUUUCGAAGUGGACGACGUAUUGCAAAAGUGGACCUGGCGGUUUUUACAUUAA